AUGUCCCCGGUAAAUCCAGCAGCUUCCUUCUCUCGAAGGAGUUCAGACACAUCGCAUACAUCAAAGGAUGAUGAACCACAAGAUAUAAAACCAUAUGCUUUAUCCAGAGUAUCAUCAUAUUCAUUGAGACAAACCAGAACAAAUCAUUCGGAGCUUUCCAGAAUACUUACAGGUAUCCUUGAUGAUCACCAAUUAGAUAUUCAGGAACAACAACAAUAUUCAGAAAGAAGAGAUGCUGAAUUUAUAUUGGCGAAUCAGUUAGAUUUAGUCUCACAACAUGCAUCAAGAGCACAUUCAAUAAUAGAUAUAGAAUCAACCGGAGAAAAAGAAGAUAGAAAGACUUCUCGACUUAACCUCGAGUCUACCCGAUCUGCUGAAGAGGAGAUCGAUCAAGGUCCACCUAAAGAUAAAGGAUUUGCAUGGGUUAUGGCAUUGUGUGGAUUAUUAGCCAUAUUUGCAACAUGGGGUGCUAAUGCCAGUUAUGGUGUAUUCUUAUCGUUCUAUCUUUCAACCAAUACAUUUCCGGAAGCUACACAAUAUGAUUUUGCAUUAAUUGGUGGGAUGGUGGUGUUUUUAGCAAACUUUUUAUCCCCAUUUGGUGCACUUCUUCAUAAAAUGAUUGGAUUUAGAAGGGUGCUAUUUGUCGGGUUGAUUAUUCAAACUGCGGGUUAUAUACUUGCAUCUUAUGCCACCAAGAUUUGGCAUUUAUAUGUGACCCAAGGUUUUUUGGUUGGGGUCUCAUUCGUAUUAAUUUUCAUUCCUGUGACUUUAGUAUUACCGACCUGGUUUGAUAAGAAAAAGGCAACAUCGAUGGGUAUUGCAGUGUCUGGUGCAGGGUUAGGAGGUUUGAUCUUUUCGCUUAGUAUCAAUAGAGUUAUUGAACAAACCGGGGAUCAAAGAUGGGCACUUCGAAUGGUCGGAUUGGUGACUCUUGCGGCAACGUUGAUAACACUUAUUGUGAUGAAGCCAAGAGUUCCAAAUCAAGUCCCAUUGAAGCAGGGAUUAAGUCUUCAGUUUAUUAAAGAGAACACCAAGGUCAUUUUUGAUGCUACUGUGUUCAAGAGCUUUGGUAUUUGUGCUCUUAGUUGUUGGUUUGCUAUAGCACUUACUGGAUACACGUUAAUGUUAUUUUCAUUGUCCUCAUAUGCAACACUGGUUGGUUUAACACAGCAACAAGGAUCAAUACUUACUUCAGUUUUGAAUGCGGCCCAAGUUGUAGGACGUCCAUGUAUGGGUGUGACAGCUGACAGAAUAGGUCGAGCUAAUUUCACGACAGGACUAAGCUUAAUGAUCAGUAUCUUGCUUUAUGCAUUCUGGAUCAAUGCAUCGACUUAUGGUUCGUUGAUUGCUUUUAGUUGCCUCAUUGGGUUAAUUAUUGGUGUUGGUUCAUCAAUGGCACAACCCCUUCUUGCGGAUGUCUUGGAAGAUAACCUUGAAAAGUUGCCAGCUGGUUGGUCGGGUAUCAAUAUGUUUGUUAGUCCUUUCUGUCUUGUCUGUCAAGUUAUUGCGUUAUCCUUGGUGGACAGCAGCUCCAGACCGUAUUUGCAUACACAAAUCUUUGCUGGUACUUGCUUUUUGGCAUGCUUUUUGUUUAUGCUUUUGCUUAGAGGAUUUUUGGUUAGGCAGCUUUUGCGUAGAAGACGGGCAUGCGCACAAAAGCAGCUAGAUAAAUUACAAGGGGUAACCAGAAAUGGAUAUUUGAAAUCAAGGGACGAAGUCGCCGAGGAAAUGGAUCAAGAAGAGAUCUUACUUGAGAGAAUCGAUAGAUAUGAUCGUUAUUUAAGACCAACUCCUAUGGCCUAUUUGGUAAGAAUUGUCUACCCUGUUAGAGUGUAG